GUGAAAUUAUUGGGACCGUUAAACGGUGUGAGGCACGUUCACCCAGUGACGCGUCAUCGUGCAUUCAAUAUAGGCUACCCGGCGUCCGGUAGCUCGUCCCUACUCUCUCAUCGACGCCCCUGGGCAAUGUGCCCACCCGCCGGCAACGCAACGGGUGGACACGGCGUACGAUGGUCAGGGAUGCUUGGACUGACGACGGUGGGAAAGGCUGGUGGCGAUUGUGGUCCAGGCUGGGCGGAUUUCUGGCGAUGGCGCUCGUCAUUUCAUUAUUCACAGUGCCAUUACCAAGUGCGAGCGCCAAUCCUGACGCUAAGAGACUCUACGAUGAUCUAUUGUCAAACUAUAAUCGCCUUAUCCGACCAGUUGGUAACAACAGCGAUCGGCUCACUGUCAAAAUGGGACUGAGGUUAUCUCAACUGAUCGACGUCAACCUGAAAAAUCAGAUCAUGACGACGAAUGUGUGGGUAGAACAGGAGUGGGAUGACUACAAGCUCAAGUGGAAUCCAGAGGAGUACGGCGGGGUGGACACUAUUCACGUGCCAUCUGAACACAUUUGGCUGCCCGAUAUUGUUCUUUACAACAAUGCCGACGGCAAUUACGAGGUGACGAUAAUGACCAAGGCGAUUCUGCAUCACUCUGGCAAAGUGAAAUGGAAACCGCCGGCAAUAUACAAGUCCUUCUGCGAGAUCAAUGUCGAGUAUUUUCCAUUCGACGAGCAAACGUGCUUCAUGAAGUUCGGCUCGUGGACGUACGACGGUUAUACGGUUGAUCUACGGCAUCUUGAACAGGGCGAGGACUCAAAUACAAUCGACCUCGGUAUUGAUUUGACCGACUACUACAUCUCCGUAGAGUGGGACAUAUUAAAAGUGCCUGCCAUGAGAAACGAAAAGUUUUACAUAUGUUGCGAGGAGCCCUAUCCCGAUAUAAUAUUCUACCUAACAUUAAGACGUAAAACCCUGUUCUACACGGUUAACCUGAUAAUCCCAUGCGUUGGUAUAUCAUUUUUGUCGGUACUUGUGUUUUAUCUACCAAGUGACAGUGGUGAAAAGGUAUCACUAUCAAUAUCAAUUCUACUGUCAUUAACCGUGUUCUUUCUACUUCUCGUUGAGAUAAUACCGCCCACAUCGCUAACAGUACCGCUUCUUGGCAAGUACCUGUUAUUCACAAUGGUCCUAGUGACACUGUCAGUGGUUGUGACAAUAGCGGUAUUGAAUGUUAACUUUCGUUCACCGGUUACCCAUCGCAUGGCCAAGUGGGUGCGCGUUGUGUUCAUUGAGAUACUGCCAAAGUAUCUAUUCAUUGAGAGACCGAGUAAAGAUGAUAAUGGUGAUGGAACUAAUGGUGAUGAUUAUGAUCCUGAUGAUGCUGAUGACAAACCGCCCGAAGUCAUACUCACCGAUGUAUUUCAUGUACCACAAGAGACUGACAAGUAUGAUCCAUAUGGUAAGAGAUACAGUGACAAUUAUGAGGUUGCUGAUUUACCUGGAUUACCAGCAAUACCACCAGUACCAAAGACAUCAGUACCAACGAUACAGGAAUUGGUCAGUGAUAGGUAUGACACAGCAGCUGGUCCAGUUUGUCCUGUUGCACCGCGCUUUGAUGAAUCACUGUCAGGUAUACAGCUGACAGGCGCUGAUGAUGAUAUUUUUGCACCAACAAGUCCUGGUUAUGUACACGAGGAUAUAAGUCCAACGUUUGAAAGACCACUGGCGAGGGAGAUCGAGAAGACGAUCGAGGACGCCAGAUUCAUUGCUCAACAUGCCAAGAACAAGGACAAGUUCGAGGGCGUCGUGGAAGACUGGAAAUACGUUGCAAUGGUUCUAGACAGAAUAUUCCUCUGGUUAUUUACAGUCGCCUGUGUUGCCGGUACUGUACUCAUUAUUCUACAAGCACCAAGCUUGUACGAUGAGACAAAACCAAUAGACGUUAUGUACAGUAAAAUUGCCCAGAGAAGAAUGAUGCUGAUGAACAUGGGCCCAGAGGAGGACGACUAG